CUUCAUCUCGAUGCUAAUAAUAAAGCAUUACUGUCAAAGACAAAGCGACGAAAAUCAUCUACAGAUAGCCUCUGCCGGAAUAUACCCUUCUUUCCUUCUCUCAAGCCGGCGCAACCCCUCUUCUCCGGUCAAACUUCUCCGUUUAAUCGGACACCCAUCUGCCCUGCCGUCCUCGAUCAUCUCAAAAGAACCAUCUUUUUGCUUUAAAGCUGGCAUAUGAUGGACCCUGCAGGGAAUGAUGGUAACAGUUCUAGUUUGUCUUCUAAGCAACGCCUUAGAUGGACUCAUGAACUUCAUGAACGUUUUUCUGAUGCUGUUACUCAGCUUGGAGGCCCAGAUCGAGCUACUCCGAAGGGAGUUUUGAGAGUGAUGGGAGUUCAAGGUCUUACUAUUUACCAUGUUAAGAGUCAUUUGCAGAAAUAUAGACUAGCAAAAUAUCUUCCAUCAGAUUCUUCAUUGGAUGGGAAUAAAGCUGACAAGAAAGAAUCCCGGGAUUCCCUCUCUGAUUUGGAUGGAUCGUCGGGAAUGCAAAUUACUGAGGCAUUGAAGCUGCAGAUGGAGGUGCAGAAGCGGCUGCACGAGCAAUUGGAGGUGCAAAGGCAGCUUCAGCUACGAAUAGAAGCUCAAGGGAAGUACUUGAAGAAGAUAAUCGAAGAACAGCAACAACAAAUGAACGGUGUUCUUUCCGAAAUCCCAGGCUCGGCUAUCUCAGCCGUGGUUUCAGAUGUCCCAACCUCCGACGAGCCUGCAAUAUUGAUAAAGGAGAAUGACGAUGAACGAACACCAGCAAAGAGCAUUUCAGUUGGGGAAUCGUUCACUUCUCAAAACGAGCAGCAGCUUUCGCCUGAUUCGAGUUGUCACCUCAGCUCGCCAUGUCAAAGUCCGAGAGUCAAGAGGUUAGGGAGGAAGCGACAGUUGGAGUCGCUGGAUUUAAGUUCGGUUUAUGAUCAGCAGAGACCUCGUCCAGUCUUUCAGAAUCGGUUUGGAGAUGAGGAUCACAACGAUGGGUUGCAAUAAAUAAAUGAAUAGAUUUACAGGAGUAAGUAACUUAUAGCUGUAAUUGGGAAUGAACUCAUUAUUCAAUUUCCCUUUAAUUCCUCGACGAAGAACACGAUGGUUGUUGUUUCAUCAGGCUGAUCAGAUCGGCGAAAACUGAAACUUAGGUCUUGUCAUUGUGAAUUGUGAUAUUAAUAGUAUUGGAUCGAACCAUUAAUCUUGA